AGCUGCUGGGGUCUUGGAAAAGGUGGGUCAGGGUGUGACAGAGUGCAGUACUAGCUCUCCUUGUUAGGCUGAGGGGCAAUGAUUCACGUGAUUCUUGCACUCUUGAAAUGGGGUGUUGUUCCUGUAGGUUACCAGAGAAUUCCAUCCUUGUCUCCUGUGCCCAGAACAAGCUGGAGCUGGAGGGGAAGGUGUUUAGAGAGGGCUUGGUGCAUAAUGCUGGGUCCCUGCUGUGUUUGCAGGACCCUAAGUACCCAGCAGAGAACCUGCUGAAUAAGAAUGGCAUAAAGCCCUGGCUUGGCUGCCUCAAAGAUCACAGCAGGCAGCUGAGUGUGGAGCUGCAACUACAGAGAGCCAGUCCCAUUGGCUGUGUUGAUGUUGGGAACUACGGCUGCGCCUUCCUGCAGAUGGGGGUUGGACAUUCCUCAUGGCCCUGUGACCAGCCCUAUCUCACCUUGGUGCCCACUGUCACACUGAUGGCACCAGCUGACUUGAAGCUGGACCAGAAUCAUGGUGGGGUUUGGAUGUUUAAGGAAGGAGAUCCGGGGAGGAGGAGCCGCCUGUGGAAGCUGGAAGGGGCUGCCUGGAGGCCGGCCCAUCUCAGCCGCUCCACCCGGAUGGCAUUGGCAGCGUGGAACCAGGCUCUGAGGCCCGGAGCUGGCACGAGCACCGUGAGGGGUCAUCCGGAGCUGCUGGCAGAGAUGUGGGAAGUCCCACAGUGCCAGGAUUCUGCACUGGAUGUCCCUGCAGCACCCGUGAGCGCCUGCAGGCAGCUGGACAGGCACUGUGUUCCCAGCCUUGUUGGCAGGCAGCUUCCUGCUGGAUCUGCUCCCCACACACGGCUCCCAGUGUGCAGAAGACCCCACCGCACGGGGCCCCAGCUCACAUCCGUCAUGGUGAUGUUGAUGGUCGUGCGGCGCCGGGCUGAGCGGGUCUUGCGCGAGAAUUCACCCGGGAAGUUUGGGCUGCUCUCCAGCUGUGACGGCGUCUCACAAAGGAUGGGGCUCCUGCUGCUGUCCUGGCACUGGAAGGGUAUCACAGCGUAUUCCCAGGCUGCCAUGAGAACCAUCAGGGAGGGUGUCAGUCCCAAUCCCUUAUCAUCUCAACACCAGGGAGAGUCUGUGACAACCACAUCACCUUCUCUAUCUACAGGCUGCUUCCUGCUGGAUCUGCUCCCCACACACGGCUCCCAGUGUGCAGAAGACCCCACCGCAGCCUGGCCUUUCUUAUCCCCUGAUGCCUGGGUGUCCUGCCCCAUUUGCCAGCUGCCCUUUGGCCUGGCAGAGGUGAAGCAGCAUGCCAGCAACUGUGGGGAGACACCAGGGUGGCACCCUGUCCUCACCCCAGUGCCUGCAGUAGGACAGCAGAGCUGGGGACAAACCCUGUGUCACCACGCCGGGGGCUGA